AUGUUCUCCACCACCAGCGCUCUGCUUGCCCUGGCGGCUGCUCGCGCCGCUAUUGCCACCGGUGUCUCGGUCACACCCCACGACAGCUACUCAUCGUCGGUUGGCGUUCUCGGCUGCUAUAUCGAUACCAACCGUGUUGCCUACUGGCCCGGAUCCGUCGACUGCAACAACCUGUGUGUUAAGGUCACCAACGGCGACCGCUCCGUGCACCUGCUGCGGAUCGACCAGUCGGGUGGCGCUCACGACAUCAGCUAUGACGCCUGGAACUACCUUCAGACUGGCUCGUCGGCCACCGUCGACCCCAUUGCCGGCGGCGGUGUUGCUAUGGAGUACGAGGAUGUCGACGCCUCCGAGUGCGCUUCGCUCAUCAAGACUCCCGGUAACAAGCUGCCGCUGUCGGCCUCCAAUAGCAUGAACUUUGUCGCCAGCUGCCUGGCGGACUCGAGCAGCUGGGUCGGCCAGAACCACGUGCUAUACAACAUUGCCGACCCGCUCUGCUCGCUGGGCUACGACGAGACCUGCACGCUCGACCUCAGCGUGAGCAAUCAGCCUAGCUGCCCGCACACCCUGGGCCUGACGACAUCUCUGACCUCCACGCACGUCUACAACAUCGAGUACCCCUCGGGCAAGUGCGUUGACGCCUCAUCUGGUGAGGAGGUCUCGGCCAGCGUGGCCCUGUCUAGCGACAGCGAGUCUGACUCGUCUGCCAGCGGCAGCUCGGGCUCAUCGUCUGCUGCCGCUAAGCUUAAGACCGCCGUCGCUGCGGUGUCCUCUUCGUCUGCUGCCGCUUCGACUGUCCCGACCACCUCGUCGCCGGCCGCUGUUGUGCCUCCCACUACCUCUUCUUCUUCUUCGUCUACUGCGGCUACGCAGGUGAACUCGCCUGGUGUCUUUGUUGCCACCAGCCAGUCCACCGGCAACAGCCAACAGACCACCACGUCAAGCAGCAGCACCGCGCCGACCACGAGCAACAGCUCGUCAACGUCCGUUGCCGCCGUCUCUUCCGGCUCGUCGGCCGCCGCCGUCUCUUCCAGCUCGGCUGCUGUCGCCACUCCUUCUAUCAAGCAGUCGUCGUCUGCCGCUGCCAAGCCGACCACGAGCACCGCGGAGCCUGCUACAACCUUGUCCAAGACCACGCUGGCUGGCGCCCCCUCGAACACCGCUGCAGUUGUUAGCACGGGCACCGUCCGCCCCUCCACGUCAGCCACGGCCUCAUCGGGAUCAACGUCACCGUCGACCGUCGUUGUGUCGGGUGCCUCGGCCGGGGUUGCAGGCUCUCUGCGCGCCGCCGCGGCCCUGACGGGUGCCUGGGCUGCAUGGAUGCUUUUUUAA